AGAGGCUGUUUGUAAGGAGUUCACACCCCUGGGAGAGUUGGGGUGUAGGACUGCACCCCCCCCACCCCCACCCCCACCACUCUUUCCAGCAAGCUGUCCGUGGCGCGAGACGUCAGAAACAUUUCUGGAAGAGUAAAGACAAGCCUGGCACUGUCCAUGGUGCUGAAGAUCGCAGGGCGCACAGACCGGAGCUUAUACUGUCCGUGGUGCUGAACGUGUGAGGCAUUACAGGGACAGCAAGAGCGAGUCCUUACCGCCUGGGGUUCUGAACGUGUGAGACAUCGCUAGGAGGGCAGACGUAAGUCUGUAACUUCUGUGGUUCUGAACGUGUGAGACAUCGCCGGGAGGGCAGACGCGAGUCUGUAACUUCUGUGGUCCUGAACGUGUGAGACAUCGCAGGAAGGGCAGACGCCAGUCCGUACCGCCUGUGGUGCUGAGCGCCGUGCUGGCAGAGGAGAAGACCACCUCUUUUGUUUCCCGGUCCACCACUCAGCAUCCCGCUAACGAGCCGCAAAGCAGCCGGGCUUGCAAACAAGGUGCGAGCAGGAUGUUGGAUGGAGCAGACAUGGUGGUCCCCGGCCCCACAGGACACUGAGUGGUCCCCGUGCCAAUGUGCCCGGCGGCAGUGCCUGGGCGCAGGAGCUGCGGGCGAGAGAGCAUCACCGUGGCGAUGUCUCUCCUUCACCCUCAGGACCCACACUGCGAACAGAACCCAUCCUAUUGGGUCCUUCCGGCCUGGAUCUGAGAACUCCAACACCUUUCUGAGGGGCAGGGGAAGAAACAUCUUCUGUCAGGAAACAUUACACACUUCUCACCCUAGCAAGAAGCUCAGGAUUGAUGGUAUCAAUCUGGGAGUUUGCUCCCUCGAAAACAGCAUCCAGGUGCCUUUGAGGGACAAUGAACGUGAAGGACAAGGAAGCUACUCAGAGAUUCUUACAGUACGUUGAGGACAGUGGGCUGAUUGCCUAUGACAGUUUGGUCAUCCAGAAUGCCUCGGACAUCGCUCGCGAAAGCGACCGCGUGAGGAAUGAGACGAACUGGACAUACCUUCAAGAGAAAAGUGAAAAGAAGAGGACACGAGAAAGCACUGAAAGGACCAGGGCACUGGUUUCAGAAGUCAGGUACACAGUGAAGCACUUCCACAUGGGCUUCAUGACUAUGCCGGCACCCCAGGACCGGCUGGGCCUUGCCCGUGGGGCAGGCUUCUCCGUACGUUCCCAGUCCCUGCACUCGGUCGGAGGCAGCGAUGAGGACACCAGCCCAAGCUCACGCAAGCAGCCACCCCCAAAGCCCAAAAGGGACCCUAACACCAAGCUCAGCAUUUCUUCAGAGACGGUCAACAUGGGGCCAUCCUUGGGCAAACCAGGGAAAGAGGGUGAAAAACACGAGGCCUCACGGCCCUGCAGUGAAGACUUCAGGAGGGUCCCACCUCCCAAGCCUAAGAGGAACCCCAGCACCCAGCUGAGCACGUCGUUUGAUGAGUCAUUCAUCAGGAACCAUGGGACCAGCAAGGCUUCCAGAGCUGGACAGUCCUGCUCGCAGACCCACAGCCCAACGCGGGAUUCAGAUGAGGAUGAGCCUGUUUACAUCGAGAUGGUCGGGAACAUCCUAAGGGACUUUCAGCGGGAUGAGGAGGAUGAGGGCGAAGCGGUCUAUGAGGAGAUGAAAUACCCAGCUUCUGACGACCUGGGUCAGGACUCCAGGGGUGAGCACCUGAGCACGUCGCCACAGUGCUCCACGCUCACCAUCCCAGAAACGGAGCCGACACGCAUCCCUGCCCCUUUCCCCAACCUGCUGAGCCACCGCCCCCCACUGCUUGUAUUCCCGCCUGCCCCUGCCCAGUGCUCCCCCAACUCGGACGAAUCGCCUCUGACACCCCUGGAGGUGACCAAGCUGCCCAUGCUGGAGAACGCAUCCUACAGCAAGUCUCCAGGAACCUCGGACAGGGAGCUUCCCGCCACACACACCAUCACGGCCUCCGGCCGCUCCUCCGCCCCGCCCUUACCCUCCACCCUCUACAAGUCCUCCGCCCAUGGCUACCCUCGCAGCCACUCGGCCUGCCCCUCCCCUGUCAGCAUGGGUCGCUCACUCACGCCGCUCAGCCUGAAGCGGCCGCCUCCUUACGAGGCGCUGACCGGGGGGGGACUACCCCGCAGCGCCUCCGCUGUGGCCGCCGGCGGGAAGGCGGUGUCCCAGGAGGGAUCUCGGCUGUCCAGCUCUGGCUCCCAUGGUUCUGUGCAGAACGUGUGCCGCGCUCGCACGCCCACUAGCCCGCUAGAUGAGCUGACCAACCUGUUCACCACUGGGAGGAACAUGCUGAAGAAGUCCUCCAGCAGCCGCAAGUCCAAGGAGCCAGCAGAGGUUGAAGUCAAGGGUAGAUGCCACAGCACAGAGCCUCUUCCAAGACAUGACACUAAGGACAAGAGCAGCCAUAGCACUGACUCCAGGCGGGACAGCAAGGACAAGAUCAGCCACGGCACUGACGCCAGGCGGAACAGCAAGGACAAGAUCAGCCACGGCACUGACACCAGGCGGGACAGCAAAGAUAAGAUCAGCCACAGCACUGACACCAGGCGGGACAGCAAAGAUAAGAUCAGCCACAGCACUGACACCAGGCGGGACAGCAAAGAUAAGAUCAGCCACAGCACUGACACCAGGCGGGACAGCAAAGAUAAGAUCAGCCACAGCACUGACACCAGGCGGGACAGCAAAGAUAAGAUCAGCCACAGCACUGACACCAGGCGGGACAGCAAAGAUAAGAUCAGCCACGGCACUGACGCUAGGCGGGACAGCAAGGACAAUAUCAACCACAGCACUGAUGCUAGGCGGGACAGCAAGGAUAAGAUCAGCCACAGCACUGACGCCAGGCGGGAUAGCAAGGAUAAGAUCAACCACAGCACUGAAGCCCAUCGGGACAGCAAGGACAGGAGCAGCCACAGCAUUGACGCCAGGUGGGACAGCAAGGACAGCAAAGAUAAGAUAGGACAUGGCACUGACACCAGACGGGACAGCAAGGAUAAGAUCAACCACAGCACUAAAGCCCAGCGGGACAGCAAGGACAGGACCAGCCACAGCACAGACACCAGGCGGGACAGCAGGGACAGGAACAGCCACAGUAUGGAGGCCUUACCCAGGUGUGACAGCAAGGACAUAAAUGACAGCAAAGAUAGCAGCUGUCAUGGCACAGACUCUAAACAUGACACCAAGGACAAGAGCUGUCAUAGCCUGGGGGGGUUGUCCAGGCCAGAGAGCAAGGAGAGGGCCAAUCAUAAUGGAGGAAGUAUGGACAACUCUAGAACCCAUGAAUGGGAUGGGGUGCCUGAACAACCAGCCCCUGCCACGCCCUCUCGACUAGGACAAACUUCUGUCAGUCCCACACACAUGCUAGGGAGCAGCAGCUCAGAAACGAAGGUCAUUUCUAGGCUGGGCCGCUCUGCCUCCACGCCAGGCGUAUCACCCCCCACAGGGACGCCCCAACGCCAGGCACCCGAGCCGAAUAGCCAGCAGGUGCCAUCAUUACCGUGGAUGUGCAGGGAUAGCACCAUGCUGGAGACCAUAGAGAGGAAACGUGUCCUGUGCAGGGAGAUCCGGGCUCGACAGCGGCCCGACAAGAGCCUCAGUAAGCAGGAGAGUCUGCCCGUGUUGCCCAGCUGGAAGAAGAGCGCCGGGGCCAAGACGUGCAGCCCACCCCCAUACCCGGCUCAUACCACUGUCUUCUGGGACACUGCCAUCUGAGACCUGGCCCCAUCCCAGGAAUGACAUGUACAUGGCGGCAGCCAAUCAGGGCGAUGAAAUAGCCCAUGGUGCAUAUUAGCAUAACUGAUUAAUUAAGUCAUCAUAUCUUUUUUCUAUCGUUUAUAUUACUUUUCCUACUUGAUUUAAUAAUUGAAUAGUACUGCCAUCUAUUUUCAAACUGUCUAGAUUAAUCCCAUCGUAGAGUUUUUAAACUGGUUUUGGUGUUCAUGUUCGGCUCGGUCAGCCUGUUGCUGUUUGUCUUAGCAGAUGUCAGAUUCAGCAAGUCCUGCUAUCAAAGCUGAGAACUAUUUCAGGUGGAUAUAUUUUGUAAUCUGGGGUGGCGUCAGCAGCAGAGACGGUGAACUGAGUCAGGACCCUACCAAGACGUCCCUGGAGAUGCCUGCACUGUGGCUGUGGGGCACUCUGCUUUAAACACUUGACACACUCUGCUCGUCACGGGUCAUGCACCUUGCUGUCCAACUGGCAGCAUGGAGAGGUAGCGAGAAGGAGAGUCUAGAACAGGUUACAUAAAAUAUAUGUAAAUUGUAUGUAAAUCGUAUGUACAUUCCUUUGGCAAUAAUUGUGAGCACUGUUCAUGGUAAUAAAGCACCUUGGAGUGUUAGAGGUAGCAGCGAGGCUUUUGGCCUUAGACACAGAAGGCAUAGAACGUUUUCUCUAGAAGAAAAAUCAUAUUUUCCAUUAAUCUGCCACUGUCUUUACUAGCAGUUAAAGUGUUUCCAGUAUUACCCAGCAUGCACUUUGUUAGUGGCAAUAAAUAUGACACCACCUGGCCUUAUUAAUUUCCCGCAGUGAGGCCAGAGGUCCCUGGAAAACUGAGAAACAUAUCAGUUAUGAGGCCCCAAAGAGAAUAUAUGCCCGUUGUUAAAUAUAGGACCAGCAAUCUGUUAUAGAGAACUAAGUUUGAUUGAUUGACUUCCUUUAUAAGUUAGCUAUAAUUCAAAAUGAUAUUUAGUUGGUGUUGGACAUCAUGUUAUUGCCAAAUUACUGGCAGUAACUUGCGAAAGAGGCAACAUGUAGAACAAAUAUGUGUUGUGAUGUGUGUUUGCCGGUGAUGGGCUGCCAUACUGGCUGGGUGUUUAUGUGUAAGCCGUAGAACUCUCCUGUAAAUGUAAAGGCUGUGUGGAAACUCCUGCACCUUUAAUUCCCAGAAAAACACCAGUUCUCCUUUCUGACUCUUGUGACUGAAACUCGUUUGCGUUGCCUUGGAGACCGGGGUUCACUGUGACUAAAAGCUUAGAGUCCCUUUGGGGUUAAAGGUCUCUAUAACUGGUGAGGUAAGGAGCAGCUUAGUGCUGCUCUAUUACAAUAUAUCUGUGUCGAAGUUGAGGUCCUCUUAGCAUAAAAGAGCCUGUGUUGAGUUCAACUAGAGCUCUGUCUGUCUCUAACUCCGUGCACUGGGACCUGCAACUGAUAGGGGGCCCUCUACCAGUGCUGGUUUUAGGGACUGCUGCACACAGUUCACUUAAAACAUAAUACUUUGUUGCAUACAGUCACAUUCACUGUCUGCUUUAGGGGUGAAUUGUUAAAUAUGAUGAUGUUCAGCAUAUUUUUUUGUGAAGUACAGAAUUCCUAGAUCCUCAGUAAUGUCACAGGUCUGGUCUUAUUGCACUGUGUGUUCUAUUUUUAUGUUAUGAAUUACGUGAGGAAAAGUAUGCUUAUUGUAGGACUGUUUCUGAGUAAUGACAGAGUUUAAUGGAAUAAAGUAUGCACUAAAUUUCGCUGCAAGUAAUUGCAGAAACACGCUUGCCUCUUGUAUUCGAGUUUACAUUGAGUCCGGCCCACGACUUAGUGUCUUACAUUUUAGGUUUUGAAUAUGUCAGCUGUAGGGCUUUUAACCCUCACUUCUAGUCUGAAGUUUGAUUCAAAAGAUGGAUCUGUAAAUAAUACACUGUAAAAAGUGCCCUCAAUUUAGAAGGAUUAUAUAUAGACACACAUACAAACACACACAUACAAACACAAAUUCUAUUCAAAUUAACUUCUAUCAACUACAUGUUGUUGGAACAAUGUAUUCUGACCCUGUCACACCCCCAUCUAAUCUCUACUCCUGCCAGACCCUCAGUCUCUACAAUCUCUAGCCCCUGUAUGCACUCUCCCCACCUCUCCAAAAAAAUCUUUGUUAAAAACCCAGCUUUGUGCGAUUUGUCUCUAGAUGAAAUAGGCCUCAGAUAAUCAUCUAUUCAAUGUUCCUGGGAAGUUUCAGAAACAUGUACCAAGUACCUUUAGAAUUACUGUGUUCAGAAUAUCCAAUGUCUCUUGCAACUUACCUUCCUUUGCUACUACCCAGCGCCUUUGCAUCAGUUUUCCUGCAGUUUAUCUUCAAAGAAUGAAACCAGGUAUAGAUCUUCAUCCAAAUAAAAUGCUUUUGUGAAUCCAUCAAAUACUUUAUGAGAUCAUAAGGUAACCUUUUGCAGUCAGCCUUCCCGUUGCUGCUACCAAGUGGCAUUGCUUCAGUUUUGGUGUGAUUUUUCUCAAAAUUUUAUCCAAUCCAGAUAUUCAACCACACAGUGUGUCUACAAAGUUUGAAAAAGAUUAAUCAAACACCUUUUCAGUUAUCCCGCUAUCCCGCUAACAACAUCAAUUGUCUGUGACUACCCCUCUCAUUGCUAUCACUAAGCAGAACUACUUCAAUUUUGGAGUGAUUAGUCUCAAAAUGGAAUCAAUUUCAGAUCUUUAUUGCAGACUGCAAAGUUGAAAAACAUUCAUCAAAUACUUUUUAAGUUAUUCAAUUCAAUGUAUAACCCAGAUUUUCAGCCAUAAAAAAUAGCCAUAACCUGAAAAUACAUAAACAGUGGUACCUUGGAACACAAACUCAAUUUGUUUCUGAAGGCUGAUCGAGUUGCAAUUUGGUUGAGGCCCAAGUCUAAUUUCCCUAUAAGAAAUAAUGCAAAUUAAUUCCAUGUAUGACCCGCUGCCUUACCUGUAGUUGUCCUGGCGAUUGGAAGAAGACUCGGCACUAGCUUGUCAUCACCUCUCUGCCCUCCAGUUAUUUCUCAAAUCUCAUGACUUGGAUAGCGUGACUUGGAUCUCUCCUAUUUGACUAUCCCUGCCGGCCCCGGGAGGAUGGGCUCCCCCUUUGAGUCUAGUCCCACCCAAGGUUUCUUCCUUCUUAGGAAUUUUUCCUUGCCACUGUUGCCUUUGGCUUACUAACUGGGGGCUCUGGGUGCGGAUGCUGUAAAGCGCUUUGAGACAAUGUAAUGUUGUGAUAAUGCGCUAUAUAAAAAUAAAUUUGUUUGCUGUUGUUAAAUUUAAUCCGUUCCAGACACCUAAACGAUUUAAACCUAUCUACAUACCUAAUCAAUGAUAAAAAGUUUUUACAAUCAAUAUAAGACUAACUCACACACGAAAAAGCACACAUACAAGAGCAAUAAUCAUUUAAUAAAUGACAAUUUAUGACCACUUUGGCUGUACUGAGGUGAGCUGAUGGCAUAUUGGAAGUAGCAGGUGGAGAGGAGGAGGGGUAGAAGGGUUAUUGUUUGGAAUGGGAGACGUGUCUGUUUUGUUUUGUCGUGUUCUAAGUUUUUGGUUACUGUGGCUAGAUUUUUCUCAGCCAACCCGUUCGAGGUCCGAAUUGGCAGACCAGAACAAGUUUUAGCGGUAACAGUCGAAUUCCAAGAUUUCGAUCCAGGUAUAACUCGAAAAAAAUUUGUUAGACCCAUUCGAUGUCCAAGUUGGUUGUGUUAAGGGGCAUUUGAGUUCCAAGGUUCUACUGUAUAAUGUAAAACUACACCUUAAGUUUUAGCUGCUGUACGUAUUAUACCAUGAAAUUUAAUUUGGUCAGUUGCUUGAUGCAGGCCUGAUCAGUACUGGCAUGUGUGGUGACAAAACACAAUGGCCGCUAAACUCAAUGAGCAUUUAAUAAUAUAAAUAGUCCGAUAAGUAGCAAAGGUUCCAGAGAUGUAAGUGUUAGGCAUAGCACAUGUCAAUGAAUUUCUGUCGCUCACUGGACUUUCUCAGUAGGUAAGAACACUAUGGGGAUUCUCCGUGUGUCUAACAAACAUCGUGACCCACCACUAUCUGUCCCUCUCUCCGAUACCUUGCAAAUUUCCUAAAGGAAACACCAAGCUAUCCAAGUUAUCGGGCCACCAAAGUGUUGCUGGAAAGAACUGUAAUAAAAUUUUGCUUUAAAGUUUCACAAGCAAUCCUCAGAUUGCAAUUAGCGUUACAACCUAAUCCAUAUAAGGGAGGACACUUUGAGCUUUAGGACACAAUUUUAGAACUACCAUUUCAAUCAAACGGACCUGGAUUUCAUUUAAGCACUGAAUUCUUUCUGUGUGCUGAUUGGUCAGUCAAAGUGUCAUUAUUGUUAUUAUUGUUGUUAUUAAAACCUGAAGUAGCUCAAAGUGUCCUCCCUGACAUGGAUUAGGCGGUAACUGUACAUGCAAUGAUUGUUUUGCUAGUGAAAUCCCUUUAUCAAGCUGAUAAAUUUGGAAAGUCAAAUUUGGAAAUUACAAGCUCAAACCCUUCUGCUUACUCCAUCUGUUUCCUUCUGGUCCCCCCUGACCGUUAACCUUGCCUGGUGAUUGGCUGAUUUGUUAAUUUGGAAAAAAAUACAAAUACCAGGUAAUUUUACACAGCAUGUUCAUGAAAUGUUCUACAGGGGCUGACAGUUACAGGUACUCAGAUAGAUCUAGCCCAGCUAACAGGGAACAUUCCCAGAACUUUAGCUAAUGAGGUCUUGCCAGAAAAGGUUCUUAUUUUAAUGUUAAUGCAAGGUUAUUUCCACAUAUUACAUUUUAACACAGGAUCUGCCAAUAUUAGCAGGAUAACAUUAUUUCCUGAACAUCCUUUCAUCAUAAUUAAUGUAGAAAAAUAUUGUUUUGUAAUACAAGUAUUGUUUUAUAAAGGUGCAAUUUGAAUAUAUUGCAAAUGUACUACCCAGCUUUGGACCCAUAACCUCAGAGGUGUAAGAUGGCAGUGUUCCUUACUGCUCUACCAAGCCCGUCAUUUCUUACCUUAAUCGUAAUGCUUGGUAAGCGUAAAAUUAAAUUAUCUGGAAAACAACUAUACAAACGGAUCAGCUGGGUAGAAAGGUGACUUAAAAAAGCCAAGAGCAUUCAUUUAUAAUGGAUCAGUGCUUCAAAACAUACUAUUUGCAUGCAAUUGAGUGUGAGUGACAUUUUAUGUGCGAGAAGUCAUUUCAGUCAAUAUAGUGAAAAAAGGAAAAUGUUAUUCUGUUCAAUGCCUAAUUGUCCUUAGUCUGAAUUGUUACUUUGAGUAUGGCGCCCCCUGGUGUCAAGCUAUUAUCCAUAAUAUAAUAAUAACAGACUGCUGAGGUGCUUUGUUAAUUUUGAUAUCAGGCCAAAAUCAGUUAAGGUCCUUUCUUAUUUGCAUUGACACCAGCACUGACACAUGGUGAAAACACAAUAUGACUGCCUACAAUCAGCACUGAAUUAUAGAGCAGACAGAAGCACCAUGUUGGUUAGUUAGCAGUCAAGACCAAAGAGCUAUAGAAAGGCAGGUAACUCAACGAUAAAUCAUGAUACAAAUUUAUGAUGAUUAAAAUGGCAGAAAUAAAAAAUAAACCGCUAAAUAAACAAAAUUGCUUUUAGGUCUCGGAAUCUCUUCAUUCUUCCUAGCUGUAAUUGCAUUGCUUAGACAGGAGAAGGCACAAUAACUUUAGAAUUACUGUGCUCCACCCCCAGCCAAACCAGAAACCAACUAAUGCAACCUGCAGAAGUAACACCUUAUGAAAUGGCGAGCACAGAUAGUGGUCAAAUUGUUGUUUUAUGUUUAAGCCUGACAACUGCUUUCACAAAUGUUCAGAAAUGGUUAUUAAGCAAAGGAAAUGUAUUUAACCUUUAUGAUUUUUAAAUAAAGGACUAUUUUAAUUAAUAGGGUUAUAUUUUAGUCCGAAAUUUACAAAG